AUGGCUCAGCAGAAUGUCUACAUGUGUGAAUUGGGAGCUGUGAGCUGCCUACUAAAUACGUGUAUAACCUCUUUGCCUUUUCCCCAGGUUGUUGGCCUUGUCAUGACAGGUUUAGGCGCCUACAUCCUGUCCAUCAAGGACAAACAGGUCCAUGACGUCCUCGACUUCUUCCUGGACCCGGCCUGUGACAUGUGCCUGGCCGGCUCUAUCGUGUUUGUCAUGGGCUUUCUGGGAUGUACCGGGGCUCUUCGCGAGAUCGUCUGCUUCUUGAAGAUUGUGAGUUUUCACCACAGUGCCACUCAUAUCCUUCUUUUACAGCUAGGGUGCUGCGGCCUCAGUGACUCGGAAAAGGGAUUCUUGGACUGGAACGACAACGCUUACUUCAACUGCUCCUCUACCAAUAUGAGCCCAGAGCGAUGUAGUGUACCUCACUCAAAUAUCGGUGAUUCCAUCAACUACCAGUGUGGUGCCAACAUGAUCAAGUAUCUUCCUGACGGUGAGAUUGAGGGGAACAAUGCAAACACGUACCGUAUCUACAAUGACGGCUGCAUGAAAGCACUCGGUGACUGGAUAAACCGACACGCCCUCGUGGUAGGGGGAAUAAUGCUGGGGAUUCUCUUGCCUCAGGUGUUCAUUGUCGUUCUCACACGCAACCUCAUCGAGAUGAUAGAAACGCAGAAAAGUUAUUGGUAGCUUCAGGCAAGCUUUUACUUUUACCCUCUGGUCGGCAACAAUGGAGACCAAACUUACAAUGGACUGGUUGAUAGCUACUCCAUAUUAUAAUGAACCACUACACGCCCCAGUCCUGCUCCCCCGGCUUUCAUCUCGUUAGUCUGUUUGGGGAAAAGUUGUCAUGUGCAAAUUAAAUUAUGUUUGAGCAGGAAACUGUAGGAGAGUGGGAGUUUACUUACACGCUAAUGCAAUGCUUUUGACAAUCUUUAUUAUUAUUAUU